GCGUGGUUUAACUAAACUUGCCGAGAGUAGUUGGGUGUCUUUAAGUUGGCGUCCCUUCUUCUCCGGAUUUGAACUAGUCCCUUGAAAUCUUUUGAAACUCACACUAUGUCAUUGGUGCGAAGGUUUAUAGCUAAGCUUCCAUGUCUGUGUAAUUAGCUAGAUGAUUGCAAAAAAUGCUAUAUUAAAUGCUCGCAUGUCUAGGUGGCUAUGACUUGGUUGUCCAACUCAAGCCAUGGGAGAAGCUCUAGAUAUGAAGGAAGACAAGUAAUAUGCUCUAUGCCAAUGCUGAAAGCAUUUCCAAUAUUGUACUCGACCUUCUUCAUUUCUUCACGCCAUGUUUUCCUUCUCCUUCCACGCUUACAUGUAUAUGCUUAUACCUUAUCCUUCAGGGCCGCCACCACCUCCAGCAGCAGAUCUCUUGUCCAAGGGAAGAUGAGUACCAGACCAUGGUCCCUCGCUCUGGUUUUCAUCUCUCUUUUCCUCCUAUCUCUUGGGGCUUCUGGCUUCACCCGCCCGGCCCCAGGAAGGAUUAUCACCACCCGGCACAAUAAAUCAGAGUCUCACCCACAACAGGUCCACGUAUCAGCAGUCGGAGCAGAUCAAAUGAGGAUUUCGUGGAUCACCGACGAUAAGCAUGUCGCAUCCAUCGUUGACUAUGGGAAGGCUCCUGGAAAAUACGACUUGUCGGCGACUGGCGAGCAUACUUCAUAUCGGUACUUCUUCUAUACCUCCGGCAAGAUCCACCAUGUCAAGAUUGGACCGUUGGAACCUGAUACUGUCUACUACUACCGCUGCGGUGGAGUGGAUGAUGAGUUCAGCUUCAAAACCCCACCGGCUUCUCUCCCCGUUGAGUUCGCCAUCGUAGGUGAUCUCGGACAAACUGAAUGGACUGCAUCAACCUUGGCCCAUGUCCGCAAGACUAACUACGACAUGCUUCUCCUCCCCGGCGAUCUCUCCUACGCUGAUACGCAGCAACCGCUAUGGGAUUCAUUCGGACGCUUCGUGGAGCCCUACGCCAGCAAACGCCCAUGGAUGGUCACCCAGGGCAACCACGAGAUCGAAGCCUUCCCCAUCCUCCAUUGUCACCCCUUUGAAGCUUACAACGCUCGGUGGCGCAUGCCAUUCGAGGAGAGCGGCUCCACCUCAAACCUCUACUAUUCCUUCGACGUGGCUGGUGCAAUUCAUGUCAUCAUGUUAGGCUCCUACACCGAUUUUGACUCCAAAUCAGCCCAGUACAAAUGGCUUGUCCAGGAUCUAGCCAAGGUCGAUAGAUGGCGAACACCAUGGCUCAUCGUGCUCCUCCAUGCCCCAUGGUAUAACACCAAUACGGCUCACCAAGGGGAAGGGGAGGCCAUGAGGAAGGCCAUGGAGUCCCUACUCUACAAUGCCCGAGUUGAUGCCGUCUUCGUUGGACAUGUCCAUGCCUACGAGCGCUUCAAAAGGGUCUAUGACAAUGAAGCGAAUUCUUGUGGUCCAGUGCAUAUAACCAUUGGUGAUGGAGGGAAUAGAGAAGGUCUUGCAAGGGACUUCGAUGAGGGCCACAAGACUGUUUCUCUCUCAUUGUUCCACGAGGCGAGCUUCGGGCACGGGCGGCUGAGCGUGGUGAAUCGAACUCAUGCACACUGGUCGUGGCACCGGAACGAUGAGUCCGACUCGACGGUCGCAGAUGAGGUGUGGCUGGACAGCCUCAGUGCAUCGGAAGCAUGUAAAAUUGACCCAAGCCUUGCAUAUUCUGGUACUACUACAAAGGAUGAACUAUAGAUCAUAAUGGAAAUAUAUGCCAUUAGAUAUGUUAAUGACCAAUUAGUCUGAAUGAUAGGAUCGCUUGUUUCAUGUUAGAAUCAUUCUAGAUUAUUCUAGAAUGAUUCUAUGUAUAUCCUUAAUUAAGACUUUGAUUGAUAUGCGUUGUACCAAACUUAGUUGGCCUCCAUAAAGACUGAUUGUAUUACCAAAUUUAGUCAACAUCCUAGCUAGUACUACAUAAAGAUUGCUCCUGUACAUUGUAAUUCAUAGACAGAAAUACAAUUUUUUUUUUAUU